AUAAAGUAUGCCAAACUCCGUGGUUAUCUCAAGGAAAUCUGUGAGAGAGAAAAACGGGCCAAAAUUCGAAACCUUGAGCUCCUGAGAGAUGUGGAGUGCAUUGAAAUGAGCAUGAAGGAACACUGUCCUGGCCGUAACCCUCUGGAUGAACACAAGGUAAGACUGGGACACGGCAGUGCCAGUGUCUCAUCUGUUCAGUGUGUAGCCACAGCUGCAGAGUUGGUAUUAGGCAUUGUGAAUUUAAAAGGUUUAUGAUUCUCUGCAAACUGUACAAAUGUUACAUUAUUGAGAUGGAGAGCACAUUUUAUUGAACUCUUUUUACAUGAUUCAGUAAAGAUCACUGUACAGUAAACCUAUGGUUGAUGCUCAUGCUCUAUUGUCCCUUAUGUACUGAAGGCUAGUUAAUGUGAGUGUGUGUUCUUGAUUUACAAGGCCAUUUCACAACACAAAAAUGUUUUGGAAUUUCAAAAAUAUGAUGCAUGCACUUCAAUGACGUUCUUAUUGUCAAUUGCCUUAGUAUCAUGCUCUAAUUGUCGAACACUGUAGGGAUAUUUACACUCAUUUGCUUGAUGUAACAAUGGUAAACACUCGAACACUGCAGUUUAUCACUGCAGGCAAAUGAGCAAGAGAAAACAAUGAACGAGUCAGAUUAUCGCUUAACUCAACAACAGUGCUCUACAGCUUAAUAUCAAAUUAACAAAAUUGGUUAAUUAUGACUCGCUAAAUUAAUUGCCCAAUAUUGAGACAGUGAAGUGCUCCAGGGGUUUAUUUUUCCCCCUCAAGCAGUUGCUUUGUUUCUUUUUUAUGCUUUAUGAUUCAUAAAUGUUUGUAGUUUAUUUUUAUUAAUAAUUUUCUGUUGUCACAUUGUUUCAUUCAUCUUCUUAUUAUAAGUGUGCUAUGACUUAAUUGUCAAGCAGUCAAACAACUGUGAAAAGGUACCUUUUAACAUUCAAGUGUGGAUAUUUUUGUAGACUAAUUCACUAUUCGCUUUUUGUUUAGAUAUUUCAGCCUAUUUCUCCAGUACAAUACAGUACGACCACACCCAUACAUACAAAUGAUGCUGACCAUAAUCAUAAUAAUUUGUGACUUCAUUGUUGUUAUCAGUCACUGUAGAAUCAGUGCAAAUAGAUAACAAGUGCAUUUAGCAAUUUUGAUAAACAAAAGUAGCUUUUUUGUUGUUGUGGCAAUUGCCAUUGUUUUGAAGAAAAGGCCUGGGAUGUUGGAGUUAAUCCCAGUGCCCUUAACUGCGCCAUUAGACUGUUUAAUUGGAGUUGGGAUUAGGGCAGUCAGUCUGGCUACUCAGAUGAUUUAAGAGUGUUGGCAGGCACUGUGGAGGACACUCACUGGGGAAUACCCGUGGUGACUAACUCUCAUGUUUGGACAGCUCCUCUUUUCCAUGUUUUAAAUGUGUUUGCAGAGCAUGUUUAACACGGUUUUAUCACAGUGAAGAAACAUCGUAUGUAUACAAUUACCCAGAUAAUAUGAAAUUACAUGUUCAUUAUGUAGAUAUUUCUGAUAAGGACAAUAUCCAAUGAUUUAGCUUUUUUUUAAAUAACUUUGCUGCAUUGAAAAACGGUACAGUAGAUGUGGAAUUAUUGAUCACUUUGAAAAAGGAAAUUUGCUAAAUUAAUUGUGCUUUAUUGACAGCAUUUUUACUGAAUUUCACAGGUUGAAUGCUUGAAUAGAAUUUCCAGAUUUAUGGCAGCAAGGCAGAAGAAAGAAGAGCCAAAUCUUGAAAUAGAGAAGGUAAUAAUAAGUAAGCGUCUCUUGAAAUUACAAAAAAGUAAAUUAGAAAAGAAAUGUACGCCUAACCUUUGAUUAGAAUAAAUUAAUGCAUUUUUCAAAGAACAGACAUGACGUGCAUUUAGGCUACCGGUAUGUCUCUUUCUGGCUGUAGUAGUAGUAGUAGUCUACUGUUUUGUUUGUUAUUGAAGGGUGCCCUAUGUUUUGAACAAAUCAUUUUAUAUAAGGGUCAUUUAUUUAUAUGAUUAAAACGUUUUACCGUGUAAAAUAGUCUUGGGGAAAUGCGUACUGUAUUCUGUGAUUCAUAGGUUUUAGAAUUCCUGAAGAUUUUGCCAAAAAUAUUUGACUCGCACAGUAUGCUCUUAUUAUGGGGAAUCUCUUUUUUUGUAAGGAUAAUGCAAAUCUUAGCUCUAUCAAACUGUGUUUUCAGCUUUGGAACAACAAAGAAAAGUAGACAUUAUGCAGAGCAGAUCUGUAGAGGACUAUACAUUUAACUGUGAAGCUGUAAUAGUGCAGGCGUCUUAUCCUGGCUGGUGCAUCUGUACAAGCGAUGUAGUUCAAGCCCAUAGCUGCUUCUUCCUUCACUUAACGCAGUUAAAGCUCUUUUAGAUGAAAUGUCUAAGACAUCUCAUAAUAACUUGGAGCAUGCUGUCUAGAGCAGUCACUUGUGACUGUGUGCAAAACCCCCCUCAGCUUGGCGAUAUUGUAAUGAGCAAAAUGGUACUGUCACUCGAUUAUGCAUACAAGCCAUUGCUGGCAGUGUGCAUGUCCCUCAGGCUACAGCAUUCAUUAAGGGAAGCUUACCGGGCUGAAAGCUGGAGACAGAUGAUAACGGGAUAUGAUUUUCAUAUUUAAUACAUUCCUUGGAAGAGCACGCGCGUGCCGCAGAUUGAUAGAAGAAUCAAUUGCUACUUUAGUGAAACACUUUCUACUUUGCCCUGCAGUUACCGAUGGAAUCACUCAGCCAAGAAAUUAACUUUUCCUAUUUUUUACCUACUUUGUGGAUCUGCUGGGCAGAGCUGCAUGGUUUACAGUGAAUGUUAUUAAGCAGCUAACUGUUUGGUAUUUAAGACUCUUAUCAGAAAAGAAACAGAAGCCAUGCUUUUUGUUAUUAUGUUUGGAGGAAGGUUUUUUUUAGCUUUCUCUCCGACCCCCUUGGUGCUAUAGCAGACAUGAAUCACAACUUGUACAGAGGAUUGCUUAUAAGAUUAGAAGUUAAAACAUUGAUCGUGUAACAUUCUUCUGAAAGAGGGUUUGAAAAUAAAUAUGACCUUGUCCCAAAUAAACAGUGUUUUAACUGAAAAAGUGAUACUUUUAAAACACUCUGUUGUUAUUUUGUGAAGAAAAAGCCCUUAUAACCUAAUUUGCAAGUGUUACAUUUUUUGGACAAUAAACAGAUUUAUAGAAGCAGAAAAUUGUAAGAGCAAUAUUAUACCAACACCAACUUGAAAUGUCUUUGCUGCUUGUGAGUGGAGGGUAUCCUUGACCAUUUCAUGCUAUUUUGCCAAUCUUGUCUAUGGUACGCCGUGUUAUUAUGACUAUAAAUUAAUUGAAAAACCAUAGUCAUUCGAAUUUUCAUUGCUCAAAUUGGAAUGGGGACUGUGACAAGAAAAAUAUCAGUCUUGGGGAUUUUAUUUGAGCAUAAUUAUAUGAAUUAGCAGUCAAUUGUUACUUUAACUGGAGUUGCACAAUACACUUGCAUCCCUAGAUAUGAUCUCCAAAAUGCGUUGCUUUUGAUAAGCAUUUUGCUAUUUGACAUUGAGUAACCAUGAAUGCACCUGUAUGUGUUACCUUUUUAAUAGUUUAUUUCCUGUUUUUCAGGGAGAUGUAUUACAUUGCCAUCCUCAGGGUGAUUCCCCCUCACCACAGGCCAGGGGUUUACACCAACCAUCUGUAAUCUUCAUGGGUCGCCAGACCUCCAGAAGUUCCACGGCUGAAGAUGCCACCACAAGUAUACACUUACGACAAGCGGAGCAUCAUUCGCCAAAUCAUCGCUCACAUGCCUCGGAACGCCCGCAAAGUGGCCUUUUGAAUGACUCCAAAGUUUCCAGAGAGGUCGUUGCCGACAGCGGAGCGCAUCUAUCAGUUGACAUUUCAGGCUCAAACGAUUCCCCCGACGGCUGUAAUUUGUGUGACAAACAUGAAAGGAUGGCGGCAGUGGUUCCAUCUGUUCGUACCUUAACAGCCAGCGCCUGCGUGCCUUUUGGAGGUGAUGAAAAACUGACUUCACCUCAAGUGACCUUGACGAGGCCUGAGAAGAAUAGCCCACCGCCCAGCGCUAUCAGCCAUAUGUGUGACAGGAAUUCACCUGCAGAAUACACUUGGGGUAGAGGGUCUGCCCAUCAGGAGAGCAUAAAAGAAGACGUGGAGAGAGUUCAGCAAAGAUCACCACCUCAAACUGACUUGGGAAAAAGAUCUCAAGAUGUGCCAGGUUGGUGAUCUUAUUACUGAAAGAUAUUACAUACUAGAAGAUAUCCAGACUCUGUAUGUUGUACGUUGUUUCACUGUACUAGCUAGUACUUUAUUCCUUAGCAAUUUGAUUGAAACGUGUUCCUUUUAAGGAAUUGCUGAAAUACAUAUAUUUUGACUAAUAAUGCGACAUAUAUGCAGUGACUCAAAUAGCCUGUUGUUUAUGUGUUUUCAGAGAAGAGUGAAACCCUUAGUAUAUCCAGUUCCAGUAUGGAGCUGUCAGUGACCAGCAGUGGUAGUGACCUGUCCAUCUCCCUGACUGAGUCUGACCUGGCUGAGGUACCAGAGGGUGUAGUCCAUGUAGAAAGCCACACCAGGAAGACAGACAGCCACACCGGGAAGACAGACAGCCACACCGGGAAGACAGACAGCCACACCAGGAAGACAGACAGCCACACCGGGAAGACAGACAGCCACACCAGGAAGACAGAGAGCCACAGCAGGAAGACAGAGAGCCCACCAGGCCCACUACAGAGGAGUGCUAUUCCACCCAGUGAGAGGGAGCUCCGCAGCAUCAGUGUUCACAGUCAGUCACUUGACACUCCAGAGCCUAGGAACAGACCAGAAUCAAGUAGCGAAUCCACGUCUCCAGAAAUCCCAUCGAAAAGGUAUGAGUUAGUUAUGUACAUUACAUUUCGUUUUAGUGAAGUGUUGCACUGCACUGGAAAGAGCUGUCAGUUAAUUUGAUGAAAAUCAAUCGAGCCCUUAUGUCAGCCAUCUAAACAAAUGCAGUUCUUUUAAUUUGGUAUAAAUAUUUCUACAUUUUCCUCCCAGCCUAUCUGUUUAAUUCAGUUUAUUGUUGAGUAAAUUAGACAGAGGGGCAUGCUAAAGCAGCAAAGCUACAGCUCUACAUUAGCAUGUUCCAGAGAGGCCAAGCUGAACUGGGCUGCGGGAUAAGUAGGCUGCACUGGGGAUUCUGCUCAAGACAGUUGACUUGUGCCACAUCUGUAGCCGUCAGAGAGGAUAGUGGGAGUCACGCUCCACACGACCCACCGCACUCACUGCAGCUCAGCACAGCCGCUUUAUAGGGAGGGUUUAGGACCCGUGACAAACAUUAUUGCCAUAAUCCAAGAUAAUGCUGUAACAGAGCAAUUUUCUGCUUGAGAGACCUCAGGAAGUCCCAGUGGAGGAGGACAUUUGUGGCUCCAUAGAGUGUUCUGGAGGGUGGGCAUGUGGACAGGCACUCACAAUAAGAAAUGCAGCGCUUGGUGUCCUCGGAUUUUAAGGAUUGCUUGGGAUGGCUUGCACAGUGAAGGGAGUGCGGAUUUCUGUCCAUCAAUCCAGAUCUUUACUGACCUCUGAAAAAAGUCAGAUUGUAGGCUAUAGACCUAGCUGUAAUAAGCAUAUUUUCUCUGUAUGUGUUAUGAUAUUUCUCAGUAUAUGUGUUGGUAGACAAGUAACUGUUUGAGGGUGAAACACAAAUGUAUUUCUUAUAAAUAACUGUAGCUUGUCUAUUAUUUGGAUUUUGCAUUGCAUGGGUGUAGAUUCCUCAAUGCAGAAGCCUUAUAUUAUCUUCCAGUUGUACAUGUGUAUUGUACAAAUGUUUUCAAAGGCCUCAAAAAUACAGGCAUUCUUUACAGUCCCAACUAUUUUAACAUGUUAUUUUUUUGUGGCAGAUCAAUUCAUUGUUUGCUUGGUAUCAGAGAGAGCAGGGUUGAAGUUUGACAUGGAACAUAAAUAAAACCGACAAAUUAUUGUACCUAGAACCUGAACAAUGAAUGUUUGUGUUUUGGUGUUGUGUACUCCAUUUAAAUGUUCCACUGUGCCCUUUAGAGAAGCUGUAGAGUGGUUGGUUGUGGUGGUGGUGAUGGGGAGGGGAGAAUCUGAGCUCUCCAUUGUUAACAUGGAGCCCUGUGUAUGAGGGAAAAACAAAGCUUUGAUGUGAAGCUCAGAGCAGCCUGUCUCCAGUGCCACGCGGCCUCACUCAACGCCAAGGUUAGAGUUUAUAUCGCUUUUCCCAUUCAGCUCCCGGGCAGGAAAACAAGCGUUGGCAAUUCAUUACAUUAUUCCAUUAUAUUUCCCCCUGGUGUGACCUGGGUGAGGGAGUAGAGAACAGAAACCCUCUUGGGUUUUCUUUAGUGCUCAUCAUAAUGGCUGGAGUCUUUCACACAGGGAUGUGGUUUUAUUUGUUUAUUCGGAUCCCCAUUAGCUUUUGCAGAAGCAGCAGCUAUUCUUCCUGGGGUCCACACAAAACAUUGAUACGCUGAACACUGAUAGUGAAAUGCUUACUUGUAAGCUCUCUUUAAUAAUACAGUACAAUUAUCUUAAUAUUAACAAAUAAAUAAUAAAAAGUAGUAAAUAAAUAGUGAAUGUGGAAAUAUGUACACAAUUAGAAGAUACUGUAUAAUGUGUCUGUUCUUGUGGUGACUGGGAAUUACUGGUAUUAUGUUGUUGUUUAGACAACGAGAUCAUGGCUAUGUCAGCUGUGAGAUGGGUUUUUUCUAAAAUCAUGUGGAGAUUCUGUAGCUAUGUGAAGUGUUUGAGUGUGAACCCCCUUAAUCAAGGGCAUUACUUAGAAAAUAGUUCCAAAUGGACAAAGACUGUAUGGAGUGUACUGGUUAGUCUGAAUUGACUGGUUAUUUUGUACUCUCACAUACAACCAUUAAUAGUGAGAAUUAUUGUAGUGUUAUUUGCUUUACAAUGUCUCUCCAUUGAUACAACUAUUAGUAUUUUCCCUUUUCUUUGUGUGUGAAAAGAAAUGCCCUCAAAGUGACCUGACACCAAUCACUCAUGUUGAGACCAUUACAUUUAGGAAAUAAUGGUGAAAUCUCCACUGUAUGCAGUGUCAGUGUAAUAUCGCUCCCAAGAGGCUGACCCCUUCAUCCUUACUAAUAAUACUCUCCUGAUGAUGUCGAGACUCAGACACACACAGCAACACCAAACGUGUGGUAUGAGACCUCGCCAUGAAGCCCUCACAACAAUACAGAGAGGUUUGGUGCACACAACUAAAUCCCUUUUUUUUUUGUAAAAAGGUCCCGUUUUGAAGAGCACUGACAAAUAAAAUGUAGAGAAAGUUGAUGACUAUUUCAAGGCCCACGCUGACGGGAGGAAAAAAGGCAGAGCUUUUGCACAUGCUACUUCAGCUGCAUUGAAGAGGACUUAGCGAAGAUGGAUGGUACACUACAUGUCAUCAUAUAAUUCAAGCUGCCAGCUUAAUCAGGAUGUUACCAGGAAACAACCUGCAAAAGGGAUGGAGCAAUUGUUUGCUGACCUCUAACCCCGGAGCCCAUUAUAGAUUGUCAUAAAUUAUUUUUGCCCCUUUUAUGUUGGGGGGCUCAGGAUUUUGGCUGGAAUUCAAUGUGGGCCACCCAGAGCUUAAUGCUCAAGAAAGAGAUGGAUUCCCCAAAUCCACAUGCAUUAGGCAUCCAUUUCUCAUUUUACAGCCUCACAUGGCCAGAUUAAAGUGUAAAUCUCUCACCAAAAGAAAUCAUCUUGGGUUUUUUGUUGUUGGGAGGUUGGGCUAUGUUAGCUGUCCGAAUAUGGACGAAAUUAGUAUUUUUUAUAAUAGUUUAAGGCAAUGUGUCAUUUCCAGGCCCCAAAAAUAAGAUUUUGGUCUAGAUACCUUUCAAUAUAUUGAAAUGAGACACAAGGACAGUUUUGUUCUAUGCUCCUAAUGCCUCAGUUUAUUAGCUGUGUACCCAGUGCUGAGGCAAUUUAUUUUCCUGCAUGGUAUUCACUCAGCAUCAAUUGACAUUGAAUUGAAUGGUUGAAGGCCCAAUCUCUGACAUUGGUUAACAUGUCAAUCAGUAUAGUGCCUUGACCUCUUAUUUAUUUAUUUAUUUAUUUAUUUAUAUACACACACACACAGACAGACAGAGAUUAACUGGAAAAAUCUGUAAACGCAUAUGGUUCAAAUCCAGUCAGACAUUUUGUUUCUGUGUCUUAAUUUGAUGUGUUUGUUCUUUCAGGCUGUCCAUGGAGGGAUUCUUCCAUCUACUGGAGAGCAUUGAAGAACGAUUCCACCAAGGAGAAAUAAGUGUGUACUGUGUCUCAUCACUUGGCGAAAGCAAACGCAAUAAAGUGAUCAGGUAAGCUGUUUCCGUCGUUAGAGAUGAUAUUGGUCUUUGUCUUGAGUUUGGCUGCAAUUAUUUUCAUUAUCAACCAGUGUUCAUGGAUCUGGGGAAAAUGUAUUAACCUGCCGCCAAGGGCUCUCACUUUAAAUUAAGUGUCAUCACUUGGCACCAACAAUGCUUUUGCAGCACAUCUUGGUUUCUAAGGGUUUUUCAAAGACAGGAUUGUCAUAGUAACCACACUUUGCAGCUGAGUUAUGGUCCUCCUGGCAUUUGGGAAUCAUGGAAAUUCACUGGCUAUGUGGCAUUUGAAACGAAAGUGACCACUUUUCUAAUUAUAUUACAUUUUUGUACAAGAGGAUAAAGAUACAUGUUUUUAUUAUCAGUAAGUGUUUGCAAUAGAAUAGCAGGGAAGGAAAUAACAUUCCCAACUUCUUGCCCAAUUAUGCCCUUUUUGCCAGAAUGAUCAGAACUACUGUCACCUAGUUGUCAGACAGUGAAUUGUGAGUGUUGGUCUCCUGCUGUGGCCUUUGCCAUGUGUUUACUGUGUGUGUUGUGGCUCAUCCCUAACUUGGGAUGUACUGAGAACAGCUGCUGUGCUCUAUACCCCUGACCUGUGGGCUGCUGGGAUGAGCCCCGGGUUCCAUGGCGAUGGCUCACUCGGCUCUAUAUAUUCGUCAGCCUUUGUAACGCCAGGGCAGGCUUGAAUGGAGAGGACCUUGAUGCAUGUGGAGCAGUCGUCCUUCACCAGCUUCAGAGGUUGUCAUGGACCACGUCAAAGGGUUGCCUGUUACCCGAAGAGAUAGUUAGCUCUAACUGGUCUACCACCGAGCCCAGGAAAAUAAGGUAAGGCUUCUGUGAACUCUGCACCAGAUAAGUCUUUUUUGAUGUCACUGUUUUUGAAAAUUGGAUUUAUCAUUUGAUGCAUUUCUUUUCAAUCUUAAAUGGAAGCGUAUGAUAGGUGAGGCAGUUAAAAUGAUCUUCAGGUUCAUGCUGGUCAGUAAUGUUAUGACCCUUUGAAAUGGACAGAAUGUUACUUUCUUUUCUCCUUUGCAUCCUUUUUUACAUUUUUAUAAAGAAUAUUAUUAAUUGCUUUUGAUAUUAUUUUUGGAUAAUUAUUUAAGACUGCAUGUAUGUGCUGUAGAAAAAUGCUUCAAUUGGUCUUGUGUUGCUGCUUCAGGGUCCCUUAUUAUUAUAUUGGCUAAAUGUUACAUCAAGCCUGAGUGAGAGUCAAGAUGGGGACAUUUUCAACUCUGCUCCUGUAAUACAUGUGAGCUAUAAUGGAGUCAUUGAGCAGAGAUAUCAGUGCUCUACAAGUGACUGAGUUCAAUAGACCAAUCUCACGUCCAAAUGAAACGUGAACCGAUUCAAAGAUGAAUUUCACUUUUCAGACAAAGAGCAGAUUAGUUUUUUCUUGACAGUUUGACUGGAGUUCAGAGGAGGGGGGAAGCACAUAUUUAGAACAGGUUGAGAUUGGAUUGAAUGGCCGUGAACACGUCUCCAUCCUCCACAAAUGUAAAGGUCAUUUGUGUUACCUCAAGCAGUAACUCUGUGUGUGUGAAUGUCAUGAGCAAAUGAAAUGCCCUAUCUGUGACUGGUUUCUUUUGAUAAUGAGGAGCUCCAGCUCUGCUAUGCCUGAAUACUUCAUUGUAUUCAGGCAAAAAGAAAGUGUCCUGAGAUACAGUAUCUUUUAUACCCUACUGUGGGCGCUUGACUCAGUAUGUAGCCAAUUUAUGUGUCAUUAGGUUAACUUCAAUUCACAAAUAUAAAAUAAGUGCCAACUUUGGUAAAUAUAUCAAGAUGUCAAACUACACUACGUUGUCUUUGGGCGUACCAUGUGUGUUUCUUUCGAUCUACACAUUUUGAAAAAAAUUAAAUAAUCUGCCAUUGAAUGCAUGAAUGAGCCAACUCUAUGACGGUUUAUAUUUGUGAAGUGUUUACAUUAUAUAGAUAGACAGUGUAAGUAUAAAUAUAUUCUUUCACUUUAAUGAAUGAUGUUUGUUGUAUCUUACUGUGGUACAUGUCCAUUCAGACAACAAGCUGUGUUCCUCCCUCACCGUAAUGCAUGUCUCCUCCCCUGUCCUCCACACUCCAGCUCACGUCUCCCCCCUGAUGCUGCGCCUCUGUGGGAUCGCUGGUUCAAGCACGCCCUUCUGCUGAAGGACCACCAUGUCCUCACCCCCGAGCGCCUCGUCCAGUUGUUCACUCCACUGCUGCUGCCAUACAACGCCUCCUAUAGUGCCAAGGUAUGCAUCUCACAAUACACUUCAGAGUACAGUACCUUUUACAUGCUUUUACCCGGGGUUUGAAUCCCAGGUUAUCUCCACUUCUUGGUACAGACAUUUAAACAGUCAUGUGCAGCAAGCACAUCAUGCAAUACAAGGAUAUACUUUUUUUACAGACUCAUACAGUAUUACACCUCAGACAACAAGAUGUCAUGACAAGGGCUUUCGUAAGUUAGUUGUCUUUUAAAGAUAGUAACUAGCCAUUGUGUGGACAUUCGAUGUUAAGAUGGCAAUAGCACUUUGGGCCUGUUUGUCUGUGUGUGUGUGUGUGAAAUGUAGUGCUUCCCUCUCAUCAGAUUACUACACAGGGUGACCUUGACCAAAGGGAAACUCUGACCCAUGCGCUAAUCGCAAAUAACAGGCUCUGCCCAGACUCCUUUCAUCCUGUGGCUUAUUGUCCUGAAAAACACAGGCCUUUAAUUUGUUAUUAGCUGAAGUAUUGCUGUGGCUCAGGCCUGUGUGAAUGAGGCAGCCAUUAGACCUUCUUCACAACAGAGGCGGGAGUCUUUGAAAUUCUCUACUCAUUGACCUUGCAGCAGAGUAUGCCCAAUUAAACCGGCCAUGAAAUUACACAGACUAUUCACCAGGCCCACAUAGGCUGAACAAUAGCGAUAAGAGUAAGGUACCGUCAUUGCAACUCAUCUUCCUUCCUGAAUCCUCUGUUGCUUUCUUUUGUUUGUGUGCUCAGGGUUGUCAUUGUAAAUGAGACACAUGUAACUGUAUCACAAACCAAAUCAAUGUGUAGGUCUGUACGGAUUCAUCUCUUAACAUUUGAUGAAGGAGUAGGGAAUAUUUGUCCUUCACAACCGAGGAGAAGUUUAUUUCUUUGUUCUUUUUCCGAAAUCUUAUUUGUGUCCAAUUUCCUGAAAGGGCUGCUAGCGUUUUAGCUCUGGUUCUUGUGAGGCUGUAGGGGCUCUUGAAAAUAUGAACUGACAAAGAGAAGAGAGGUGCCGUAAUCCUGAUCAUCAAGUCCAAGCGCAUCAGGAAGAGCCUGUGUUAACCUUUCUCUUUUAUGUUUUCUCUCUUCUCUCUCUCUCUCGCACCCUCUCACAAACCCACACAACAGCUUAUUCUCCUUCAUUCUCACACACGAGCGCAAACAGAAUUUCCAUUCACGUCUUGCCACACAGCCUUCACCACUCUGUAACAAACGGGAGCAUGCAUCUGGCAUGCACACACCCAGACCCUUUGAAUAUUGAAGGGCCAACAGUUGCAUUCAUUGAUAUUUCAAUUGCAGUGGUUUGUGAGAGCUCUCUCCACUAUGUUGUGCAUUUGACUAUAUUUAAAAAGAGAUAUCAGCAGGAGGGAUCAGGACAUUUUUCAUUGUCAGCGUUGAAUAGGAAGAAAAUAUCAGAUUGGAGUUUGUUCCCCUCUCAGGAUUUGAAAGCUUGUACACACUAUCAAUCUCCCGAUGACCUGCCGAUCACAACUAAUAUUGUACAUGUAUUUAAGGUUUGUCUGUUACUAAAUCCUCCUGAUCAUCCCCUUCAUAUUAAUGCUCAUUUAAAAGUUGUGAACAGACAUCUGAGCUGAGAGGCAGGCUUUGAAUACAAGAGAGGGCCUAUCUCUCAGAUGAGGAUGAUGAUGGCUGGUUUGAUACGGUGAAAGGAAUCGGGGUGUCCAUCUCCCUCCUUCUGAUCACAUGGAACAGCUCUUCUUAAUUGUGUAUCCUCGUCACCCAGGAGAUCAGUUGAGAGGAAGGAAGAGAGCCGUUUGUCUCAAUCCUCUCCGCCAAGAGGAGAUAUCUUAACGCAUUUCACGUUAACGCGAGGAUGAUUGCAUUCUUUAGGCACUUGUCUAAUCUCAUGGAUGAGAGGAGUGUGUGUGUGUGUGUGUGUGUGUGAGAGGGAGGUAGAGAGAGUAGAGAGAGAAAGAGUAGAGCUAGAGAGAGAGAGUAGAAAGAGAGGAUAAUCUCUUUUGCUUAAACCAGAGAGAAUUUCUAGUUAUUUUCUUUGUCACAGUCAGGAUGUGUGCAGUGCUCUGUACCACAGCCAGGCCUGGGUAGAUUACUUGUUUAGUCGAUAGGAGUUCAAUUUGACACUACACAAUGUGGGAGCAGUUAGAAUGUGGUUUUAAUUUGCCAUGGUUGCAGGCCAAAGUGCUGCUGGGGACACUUCUGUCCCGGUCCAGUGAGGAGUGCCCCUCGGUGGAGGUGGAGAGUGAGUCGUCUUCCUGUGGCCUUCCCUCGUUCCUCGACGACAGCGCUGUGGAGGUCCGACCAGCCAGACCUUCUCGGGAGCACCGCGCCGCAGGGAUGCAAGGUCAUUAUUGCUCUCUCACCAUGUCUGUCAGGCCAGUUGAUGGCUAAUGUUCUAUUCCUUUGUAGUGAUGCAUCACUCUCCGAUUAUGAUAAUAAACUGUAUAACCAGCCUCAAGACUAAAACUAAUGAUGGAAGUUUUGAGUAUGACCCUGUCCAAUGAUGCCUGUGUUUUUAGACAGGAACUUUUUCAAUCAGAAGUAAUUUGCACAUACUGCAACUUAAGUUUACACAACAUUCUAAACUGAGAAAAGUCAGUAAUUGCCCAGUGAGACAGAUAGAGGGUUGGGAUGUGAGCGUUUGUAGAAUGGUGCCAUUUCUGUUAAGUAUGAGCAAUCGCUGCACUGAAAGGAAACUUCCCCCAUAUGACAAAGAAUCACAACACUUUCACCAUAGGCCUCUUUCUGAAUCCCUGGAAGCCUCAGUCUUCAUAGGGCCCUCUAUUCAGACAAAGGGAAACCCAGAGUCCCAGCCUAGCCUCCCCCUGUCUCUGAGCUCUGUGUGGGUCUCCCUUUCUUACAGGACUACAAAGUGGUGAAGAGGACAGCCAGGAUGAAAGCUCCGUGGAAAGUAUUCCUAUUAGAGGUAAAAAGGCAGCGCCGAACCCUGCAUUCACAGUUCUUGUGUGCCGUUUGUUUUCCUCCCACAGCAGCCGAUAAUGGGCUCUUUUAAAUGGAUGGCUGUGGCAGGAUGAUCAAGGUGAAUCUGGGGUCAAAGUCCCACCUGAAGAACUGUGCAGUUCCUCUAAUUAUCUUGGAGAAACAGUGCAUGUUUUCAGCCGGCCAGAGCAGAGACGCGGCCAAAUUGAUAAUUCGCGCCCCGCAAAAUGCAGCAGUUUAAUUGUCAGGACACCGGGGUGCAGCCAAAGAUCUGUCAUUGGUUCUCAUUAUCUUAUAAACAAUGCUAUGCAGCAUCAGACUUGAAAAGACUAGAUGUGAAAGCAUCCUGAAAGCGGCCUGUGUACUAGUCCACAGCCAGAAUCUCAGAAAUGUAAAAUGAGUUAUUAUUACACUUGGCAAUGGGAUUUCAUACUGAGCGUUUCAUGUGUGACCAUCCCCAAGGACGCAGGACCACAGAACCAGUCCAGUUACAACUCACAACUAAUUAAAAGCAAAAUAUUGUUUUGAAAAGAGGCAUUUCCAGUCCAGUUUCAUGGCUGGAGCCACUGCUGGGCAACUGAAGGUAAUGAGUUAAGAAUGUGUGUUGCUGUAUAUGCUCAAAGUGACAUGCAUUUGUUAGUCCUAGUAAACAAUUUUACAGACAAGACAACUACAAUGGACAGAUACUUAGAUAUACAGUACCAGUCAAAAGUUUGGACACACCUACUCAUUCAAGGGUUUUUCUUUAUUUUUACUAUUUUCUACAUUGUAGAAUAAUAGUGAAGACAUCAAAACUAUGAAAUAACACAUAUGGAAUCAUAUAGUAACCCAAAAAGUUUUAAACAAAUCAAAAUAUAUUUUAUAUUUGAAUAUAUUUGAUUUUCUUCAAAGUAGCCACCCUUUGCCUUGAUGACACUUUUGCACACUCUUGGCAUUCUCUCAACCAGCUUCACCUGGAAUGCUUUUCCCACAGUCUUGAAGGAGUUCCCACAUAUGCUGAGCACUUGUUGGCUGCUUAAUCUUCACUCUGCGGUCCAACUCAUCCCAAACCAUCUCAAUUGGGUUGAGGUCGGGUGAUUGUGGAGGCAAGGUCAUCUGAUGCAGCACUCCCUCACCCUCCUUCUUGGUCAAAUAGCCCUUACACAGCCUGGAGGUAUGUUGGGUCAUUGUCCUGUUGAAAAACAAAUGAUAGGCCCACUAAGCGCAAACCAGAUGGGAUGGCGUAUCACUGCAGAAUGCUGUGGUAGCCAUGCAGGUUAAGUGUGCCUUGAAUUCUAAAUAAAUCACAGACAGUGUCACCAGCAAAGCACCCCCACACCAUCACACCACCUCCUCCAUGCUUCACGGUGGGAACCACACAUGCGGAGAUCAUCCGUUCACCUACUCUGCGUCUCACAAAGACACAGCGGUUGGAACCACAAAUCUAACAUUUGGACAGAUUUCCACCCGUCUAAUGUCCGUUGCUCGUGUUUCUUGGCCCAACCAAGUCUCUUCUUAUUAUUGGUGUCCUUUGGAUUCUUUGCAGAAAAUUGACCAUGAAGGCCUGAUUCACGCAGUCUCCUCUGAACAGUUGAUGUUGAGAUGUGUCUGUAACUUGAACUCUGUGAAGCAUUUAUUUGGGCUGCAAUUUCUGAGGCUGGUAACUCUAAUGAACUUAUCCUCUGCAGCAGAGGUAACUCUGGGUCUUCCUUUCCUGUGGCAGUCCUCAUGAGAGCCAGUUUCAUCAUAGCGCUUGAUGGUUUUUGCGACUGCACUUGAAGAAACAAAGUUCUUGACAUUUUCCGCAUUGACUGACCUUCAUGUCUUAAAGUAAUGAUGGACUGUCGUUUCUCUUUGCUUAUUUGAGCUGUUCUUGACAUUUAAUAUGGACUUGGUCUUUUACCAAAUAGGGCUAUCUUUUGUAUACCACCCCUACCUUGUCACAACACAACUGAUUGGCUCAAACGCAUUAAGUUCCACAAAUUAACUUUUAAGAAGGCUCACCUGUUAAUUGAAAUGCUUUCCAGAUGACUACCUCAUGAAGCUGGUUGAGAGAAUGCCAAGAGUGUACAAAGCUGUCAUCAAGUCAAAGAGUGUUUACUUUGAAGAAUCUCAAAUAUAAAAUAUAUUUUGAUUUUGUUUAACACUUUUUGGUUACUACAUGAUUCGAUAUGUGUUAUUUCAUAGUUGUGAUAUCUUCACUAUUAUUCUACAAUGUAGAAAAUAGUAAAAAUAAAGAUAAACCUUUGAAUGAGUAGGUGUGUCCAAACAUUUCACUGGUACUGUAUUUGGCAAAUAAAUGUUCCAUUGUUUCAUCAUUUCGGUAAGGCCAAAUAUACAUUUGUUGCCCACAGAGUUCAACGUAUUCUUGCCUACUGAUAGCACGCUUGGAUGCGUAAACUCAACCCCUGGCCUGAACUUGGAUUAAAACAACCAGAUAUACAGUGGCUUGCGAAAGUAUUCACCCCCCUUGGCAUUUUUCUUGUUUUGUUGCCUUACAACUUGGCAUUAAAAUAGAUUUUUUUAGGGUUUGUAUCAUUUGAUUAACACAACAUGCCUACCACAAAUCUUUUUUGUAUGUGAAACAAACAAGAGAUAAGACCGAAAAAACAGAACACUUGAGCGUGCAAAACUAUUCACCCCCCCCCCCCAAAGUCAAUACUUUGUAGAUCCACCUUUUGCAGCAAUUACAGCUGCAAGUCUCUUGGGGUAUGUCUCUAUGAGCUUGGCACAUCUAGCCACUGGGAUUUUUGCCCAUUCUUCAAGGCAAAACUGCUCCAGCCCAGCUCCUUCAAGUUGGAUGGGUUCCGCUGGUGUACAGCAAUCUUUAAGUCAUACCACAGAUUCUCAAUUGGAUUGAGGUCUGGGCUUUGACUAGGCCAUUCCAAGACAUUUUAAAUGUUUCUCAUUAAACCACUCAAGUGUUGCUUUAGCAGUAUACCUAGGGUCAUUGUCCUGCUGGAAGGUGAACCUCCGUCCCAGUCUCAAAUCUCUGGAAGACUGAAACAGGUUGCCCUUAAGAAUUUCCCUGUAUUUAGCGCCAUCCAUCAUUCCUUCAAUUCUGACCAGUUUCCCAGUCCCUGCCGAUGGAAAAACAUUCCCACAGCAUGAUGCCGCCACCACCAUGCUUCACUGUGGGGAUGGUGUUCUCGGGGUGAUGAGAGGUGUUGGGUUUGCGCCAGACAUAGCGUUUUCCUUGAUGGCCAAAAAGCUCAAUUUCAGUCUCAUCUGACCAGAGUACCUUCUUCCAUAUUUUUGGGGAGUCUCCCACAUGUCUUUUGGCGAACACCAAACGUGUUUGCUUAUUUUUUUCUUUAAGCAAUGGCUUUUUUUCUGGCCACUCUUCCGUAAAGCCUAGCUCUGUGGAGUGUACGGCUGAAAGUGGUCCUGUGGACAGAUACUCCAAUCUCCACUGUGGAGCUUUGCAGCUCCUUCAGGGUUAUCUUUGGUCUCUUUGUUGCCUCUGAUUAAUGCCCUCCUUGCCUGGUCCGUGAGUUUUGGUGGGCAGCCCUCUCUUGGCAGGUUUGUUGUGGUGCCAUAUUCUUUCCAUUUUUUAAUAAUGGAUUUAAUGGUGCUCCGUGGGAUCUUCAAAGUUUCGGAUAUUUAUUUAUAACCCAACCCUGAUCUGUACUUCUCCACAACUUUGUCCCUGACCUGUUUGGAGAGCUCCUUGGUCUUCAUGGUGCCGCUUGCUUGGUGGUGCCCCUUGCUUAGCGGUGUUGGUGUUGCAGACUCUGGGCCUUUCAGAACAGGUGUGUUUAUAUAUAUAUAUAUAUAUAUAUAUAUAUAUAUAUAUAUAUAUAUAUAUAUAUAUAUAUAUAUAUAUAUAUAUAUAUAUAUAUAUAUAUAUAUAUAUAUAUAGACUUUAUUUAACUAAUUAUGUGACUUCUGAAAGUAAUUGGUUGCACCAGAUCUUAUUUAGGGUCUUCAUAGCAAACGGGGUGAAUACAUAUGCACGCACCACUUUUCUGUUAUUUAUUUGUUAUUCUUUUUUGAAACAAGUGAUUUUUUUCAUUUCACUUCACCAAUUUGGACUAUUUUGUGUAUGUCCAUUACAUGAAAUCCAAAUAAAAAUCAAUUUAAAUUACAGGUUGUAAUGCAACAAAAUAGGAAAAACGCCAAGGGGGAUGAAUACUUUUGCAAGGCAAAACCAUAGGGUGUUAGUGUUAUCAUCUUGAGACAAAUGGCCGUUGAUGACAUAAAGCUAGCUGCUCUAAAGCCUCUGUAGUUCUCAAAUAUCAUACCUAAUCCACUGUAUAUGGAAGUAGUUAGUGUUUUAUUGAAAGAAAAUCUAUCUCUUCCGAGUUGGGGUGCCUGCCAACCUGAUACAGAGAUAAGGUGGAGGGUGAUUAUGGUGUCGUGGAAACUGUUGCUCCCCUUGGCGUGUGUAUACACACUGCUUAAAUACACAGCUUAGCCAGCCCUGCACUGUGUUUUGACCCACUGUUCAUCAGAAGGCCCAAAGAGCUAGCCAUCGGAGCGUGUUGUCUCAUCAAACACACAGCCUCUGAAAGUUGGAAACCUGGGUCUUGAGUCAAUAUUUAACUUAGACGUUUUGUGUUUUUGGAACAGAGACAAAAGCAUAUCAGCUGCUUAAACAGUCUGCCACGCAGGCGAGGCAGCAGAGCUCUGGAGAUGAGGAUCUGUCAGGUAAGGGGAGACACUGCUCACACCACCCCUCCAGCAAGCCACUGUGGCCUAAUCAUCAGUCAACACAGACCAUAUGUCUCACUGUCCUAUAAAGAAUUGGUACAAGUGUUGUAUAAAGAAUAUACCACCAUGUGUACAGAUUUUUUUUGUCAGUCUUCUGGGCUUUUCCUCUCCAUCUAUUUACAUGGAUGUCAAUACACAACAUAGAUUAUCAUGUAAUUAGAUGCACAUCAAAAUGUUUGAUCUGUCUUGUUUGCUCUUUAAGGAAUAAAUGAUGGCUAUGAAGAGGAUACUGGGAGGGUUGAGCGCUCCUCUCAUCAAGACCCUUACCCUUGGUAAGAACAUUAUUAUUAUUCACUCCCUUUAUGGAAAUAGGCCACCAGACACCGAAGUGGAUGAUGUACAUUUGCAUGUAGCUCUCAUAAUUCCCAGUUAAUUUCCAUUAGAUCAAGGGUGCGCCACCCAUUAACUUGUGCAUGAAAACAAAAGGCCAGACUGUUAUCAAGCCUAAAGCCUGCUCUCACUAUUUAUUGGGUUCAUGUUUCAGGAGACUAGCUAUAAAACCAGACCGUUGCCAACUAAACUAGUUUGGAAAAUCCAAUCAGCCCACAAAUGGUUUGUAUUAUGUGUACAAACUGUGUUUCAACAAAUAGAAAAUCAAGUAUAAAAUCAGAAACAACUGUUUUGAAAAGAAGACUCACAAGAAUGAGUUUUAAGAUGACACAUCCCUUCAUUUCCAGAGCUUCCCCGUGUCCUGAAUUGCGUUUAGGCUGCUCAAAUCAAAGUGUUGAGUAGUAAGAAAAGAACAUCUAAAUAGCUCCAUGUUUUCAUACAUUUGAAUAUCAACACGACUUCAUCAAAAUCUGCAAUUGUGUGUCCUCAGAGCGGCUCUUCACCGGGUGCCCAUUUGGGAAGGUAAUGGCUGGGUAAAUGUUAUGAGGAAUAAUCUUCUCUGAUUUCAUAUGAUUACUGGGCACCACGCUGACACAAGGGCCCAAAGUGUGUGUCUCCCUGGCCAGGCCAGCGGGUCUCCCAGUCUACCUAUUAGCAGAGGGAAGGGCAUAA